AUGUCAGAUGGCUCAGAGAGUCCUAUCUCUCCAUACAGCUCCAUUACAGGAGGCCGGGAUAGAAGAAAGGGUCACAAGAUCUCCGCUGGGGAUGCCGAGUUCCCGCGGGAGUACCACACCCUGGGCCACGGUGGCACGCGUCGUUUCCCUGACAACAACAACGGGGGGCAGGCGCCCACCUCGGGGGAGCGCCAACGCCACAACGACAUCGCUGCCAAGAGCCUGGAGGCCCUUACGAACCUUCACAAGGCUGACAUAGAGCGCCAGCGCGAAGCCUUCAUGGACCUCCAGAAGAAUCAGAAGUACCCGGCCAGCCCCUGUAUGUCUCAGGGCCAGGGCUCACCUAACUGUGGCCGCCAACAGCAGCAACAGCCAAACUACUGGAGCUUCAAGGCCCGUACCCCCCGUGUGAUCCGGCCCAACCCCAACCAGCCGGCUCUAGCCGACCAGGCCAGCAGAGUAUCCUUUGCCUCGGCUGAGAGUCUGGAAACCAUGUCUGAGGCUGAAGUUCCCCUCGGGUUCAACCGCAUGAACCGUCUCCGCCAGAGCCUGCCCCUGGCGCGCUCAUCCAGCCAGGCCAAGCUCCGCGCGCCAGGCAUUCUCUUCCUCCAGCUGGGGGAGGAGAUGAGGAGGGUGCACCUGACCCAUGAGCUGACCAGCCUGGAGACCCUGAGGGCCCUCAUCGUCCACAUGUUCCCCCAGAGGCUCACCAUGGCAAUGCUCAGGUGCCCCAGCACGGCCCUGCUCAUCAAGGAUGAGGCCCGUAACGUCUUCUAUGAGCUGGAGGACCCACGAGACGUUCAGGACCGCUGUGUCAUCAAGAUCUACUGCAAGGAGACUGUCUACGGCACCUACCCCAGUCACCACAACCCACACCUGGCCAACGGAGACCUCCGGAGGGAUAUGGUGUACACGCCCCAGCAGGAUUCCCCGCCCAACCGUCGCCUCAGCAACACCCCUGCCUCCUCCGCCUCUGCCCCCUCCGGCUCGCCGUCCCGCAUCCGUCUCCUCUACAGUGGGGGCCGCCCAUCCUCUUACGCUGGGCAACCUCACCCCCAGCAUCAUCCCCAAACCCACUCCCUCCCCCACCCCCACCACUCCUCGCCAGGUGGCCAGAGUGCGGCCCACCACCAGCAUCACCCCCAGCAGCUCCACCACCAGCCCCAGCUACAGCACCACGCCCAGGCAGGUUUCUCCCCCAGUGCCAUCCUGGAGCGUAGGGAUGUUAAGCCCGAUGAGGAGGUCCACGSCACUGGCUCCAGGAGCAUGGUGCUCCUGCGGGGCGAUGCAGGGGGGAUCUAUGCCGACCCCUAUUCCCUGGGCCAGGAAGGAGGCCGCCUCAGCCUGGCGGGCCCCCACUCAUCUCUACCCCCGAGAGGGGACGCCUACGGCUCUCUCUACCGGCGUGGAGGAGGCGGAGGGGGCGGAGGAGGGUUGGGACCCGGAUCCGUGCGCUCCCUCACUUCCUACUCGGCGGCGGCGCUGCAAGGAGAGCUGAUGGACAGUGGCGUMCUCUACAGGCCUGGAGGCCCACUGUAUAAUGAUGCAGCCUACGCCGCGUCCAUGUUGGCCAUGGGCUUCCGGGUGCCACCCCCCUCGUCUCCGCAGAAAAUCCCCGACAUGAGGGACUCGUAUUCAGGCACCAUGCCCGGCCGGGGCUCCCCUGGGAGGCAGACCCUGCGGAGGGACUCAGUAUCCUCCUCCGUGUUCGGGGAGAGUCCCAAAGCUAGGGGUCAGGGGUCAGGGUUGGGGUCUGAUCAGCUGUGCUUAAUGGCUGGACCUGGAGGGGAGGGCGGUGGUUUCAGUUCAGCACCAGGUUUCAGUUCACCUCUACCAGGCAAUGAGACAGAGACCAGGGGGCGCAUGGAGGCCAUGGAGAAACAGAUAGCCAGUCUGACUGGUCUACUGCAGACUGUUCUGACCAGGGGACCAGAGGCCGAGAGCCCAAAUACAGCUUYGGAUAUGGCUCUGUGUGUCCUUAAAACCUUCCCCAUUCUGUCAAUCACCAUUACACCUGUGAAUAAUCCUGUCGUCCCUCCCCACUUUACGUUGGAUGAUAUAAUUGGCUACAGUGACAGUAGAAUGCACCGUCGUGAGACCCUAAUCCUACUUUCUGAUUGGCCAGCCCUGACACCGUCGGCUCCGUUGGCCCUGAUGCCGCCACCACUCGUCGGGUCCUCCCAGCCACUGACGGUGUCGCGGCUGCAGAUGCAGAUCCACCUGCAUGGCCUGCAGCAGAACACCAGCGAGCUGCGCAAACAACUGUCCCAGCUGCGCAACAUCCAGUUGGAGAACCAGGACUCAGUACAGUCCCUGCUGAGGCAGACCGAGUCGGAGCUGAGCCUUAUGAUGCUGGAUGCCAUGCGGACCCAGGAGGACCCUUUGCAGAGGCAGCGCCUCCUAGUGGAGGAGGAGAGACUCAAGUACCUCAACCAGGAAGAGCUGCUCAUCCAGCAACUGCAUGAUCUGGAGAAGUCAGUGGAGGAACUGCAGAGGAACUCGUCAGUCAACCACGGCCUGGUGACUGAGCAGGAAGUGGAGCAGAAGAGUAUGGAGCUAAGGUCUUUGGGAGAGACCCUCACAGAGCUCAAGAGUAAGCAUACAUUCCCCAGUCUGCAGAGUAAGAUGCGCGUGGUGUUGAGGGUGGAAGUGGAGGCUGUGAAGUUCCUGAAGGAGGAGCCACACAGACUGGACUCACUGCUGAAACGCUGUAACACCAUGACCGACACACUGACCACACUACGCAGGAAAGUGACCGAGGGCCUGUGGAAAGGCCAGAAUGACAUCUCCAGCCAGUCAGCCAAGCGAACUGAGCACACAGGAAAGAGCUUGGACCUCGACAUACUGACCAGUCCAUCGCUCAUCCUCAAUGACCUGGGUGGUAGUGCCAGCCUUGCCAACUGGAUGCCCAUAUCAGGCAGUGACCCAGACGCUUCGGGAACYGAGCAGGACCCCCACCCUACGGCCAGCUACAGAAGCCGGGUCCUGGACGAGCUGCCGAGCCGCCGCGGUGUUGGCAAAUCAGUGUCUGCGGAGGUCAGACUGGCUGCAGAGCGGGACUGGGAGGAGAAGCGAGCAAGUCUGACCCAGUUUAGUGCCCAGGACAUCAACCGUCUGCUGGAGGAGACCCAGGCUGAGCUGAUGAAGGCCAUCCCAGACCUAGACUUUGCUGCCAGGCAGAUCAACAAGCCUGCUGUGCCCCCCAAACCCCACCCCAAACCUCAGUUUACCACCCCCAUCACUACCACCACCACCACCUCCACCACCACUAGCACAACCACCACUACCAGUACUGAGCACCAGCCCAACAUGGUGCAGGUCACUGCCCAGAAGCUGGAGGGGGGCUCACGUUGCGGAUCUGCAGAGCUGACCGUUACCAGGUAUCGCACUGAGAAACCCUCUAAGUCUCCGCCUCCACCCCCUCCUCGCCGCAGCUUCCCAUCAGCCCAUGGGCUCACCACCAAUAGCACCGGAGAAGUGAUCGUCACCACCAAGAAGCUGGAGCCAGAAGACGGAGAGGCUCCGAAGACUCUGGUCAAGCUGAGAAGGACACCGUCUGACACCCCCCGCCCCACCUCCACUCCCCCCGUCAUCGCCGCCUCGGCGAUUAAAGACGAGGACGACGAAAAGAGGAUCAUUGCUGAACUAGAGAUAUUUCAGAGAACCACUGUCAAAGUGUCCCCUCCCCGCUCACUGCCCAGCACGCUACCGAGGCCUAACCCUGCAGCCCGUACCCUUCCUUGCGCCUCGGGCUUCCUGGGAAGAAAGAAUGCAAGCAACUCACCAGGGGGAUCCAAGGGAGCCCAGUCAACUGUAGCGGCUAGACUGAAGAACCUCCAGCAAGGCAGCCUCGAGAGGCCCAAGACCAGGAAGCAGAGAGAGGACUUCCCCAAGAUCCAGGGCCAGCAGCAGGUAUUCCACUUCUAGAAUGCCCCUCAGAGGAGUAGCCCUCUUCAGAACAGCUCUGGUGACAUUGACAACUGCCCCAUCUCACAGCUGUCUGGGCAACUACUGGGAUACAAUAUGUUAUCAGUGGGAAAUGUAAGGUGACGAGAAAAGGGUCGGGCUCAUUGGAAAUCACCAAUGUUGGUUGUUAUAUUAUUUGACUUUGAGCUGUGGUUGGAUCCAAAAUGGAUUGUGUACUGAGCGUGCUCUAUCCCAUUGGCUGGUAUUGAUGUUUCUGAGGAGGGUAAGGUCAUGGAGGUAUUGUGCACUUAACAAGCUAAGUGGCACCUAAACUGCACUUCUCGAUUAUGCCAUKGAAUAGUUGAACAUCUCAAUGCCGAACCCCUGACUUUUCACCAAGUAGAUGAUGGUCMWACAGUAACACGGUUGUCUGACUCCGCUUUCUUUAUUUGAAUCGCUGAAUCAUUCUGUCUCCAGCUGAGUCAUUUAAACCGCAGUCCAAAAGUGAGAGGGUCAGGAGAUGGAAAAGUAAUACUUCUCUGAAUAUUUGCCCUUUUUUUCCUCAUCGGAGAUGAGAAUAUGGAAAAGKUAGGAACGACAAAGACAGACGGACAGAAAUAACGAAAGGCAGAACAAAAAAGCAAAGUGCAUCACACCUCCAAUGUUUCUCUGGAGCAAAUACAGUACCAGUCAAAGGUUUGGACACACCUACAGUACUCAUUCCAGGGUUUUUCUUUAUUUGUACUAUUUUCUACAUUGUUGAAUAAUAGUGAAUACAUCAAAACUAUKAAAUUUCACAUGGACUCAUGUAGACACUGAAAAAGUGUAAAUACAUAUUUCAUAUUUYAUAUUUGAGAUUCUUCAAWGUAGCCACCCUUUGCCUUGAUGACAGCUUUGCACACUCUUGGCAUUCUCUCAACCAGCUUCAAGAGGUUGUCACCUGGA